AUGGGGUUCUCAGUUCUGGAAGCUUCCACUGCAUCAUCCGAAGCGCUCACAGAUGAGAGCCGGGAUAUUCUGGACUCGCUAUCCGAGCCCCAUAGCCUACUUCAUUUGGAGUCGGACACAGCCAGCCAGAUACAACCCCUCUACAUUCGACUUAUCUUGAACAUCACUAACAGCAACCCAUCUCUAUGUGAUAAAUUUGCAAGCCCGGAGAUGGUUGGGGGACUUGUUCACAUUAUCUCUACAAACUUUGGUGACUUGACGGAAGAUGCGCUUGGAAAAGAGAAUAAUUCUCUGAACAACGUGAUAUUGGCACUCGGUGCUCUUAUCAAUUUGACUGAGCAAAGUGAAAUCUCAAGGUCGAUGUUUCUUCAUUCUGCCGGUGCUACAAAGCCUUUGCUUGGCCGGCUCUUGCAUUUGUUUACGACUCAUGUCGAUUCGAUCUCCACGGCCCAUUCGGUUUUAGAAGUACACCACAAUGUGGCUGUGGGGUAUUUAGCCGUGCUCUUACUAACCCUCAGUUUGGAUAUCGAGACUCGAUCAAGAAUCAAGAACUCACUCGCCCCAAAAGGAUUGGCGGUGGUGAUAUCUACCGUUGCUGAGUUCUUGCAAUACCACCAAAAAAUCGAACAAGAGAUCUCGCCUGUUUCUCCCCAAGGAAAACCCGCUAGUGGAUUUUUAUCCAGAUUACAGGAACUGAUUACUCGGAUUCAAUUGGCAGAGCAAUGA